CCAGCGUUGUGUGGGUGGAUGACUAGUUAUUGUUUUAUCUGCGAUAUUCUAAUAAAUCUGUUGCAUAAAAUGUCUCAAAAUUCGUCUGCAAACAGAAAAAAUCAUCAUGCAAACAAUUCGGCUGAAAAAUUUGCAAACAUGGACAAUCUUUUAAUUCUGGAGAAAGCGUUGGAGCAAAGUGGUCAAGACUGGAUUGAGAACUUGAACAUAAUUGAACAACUUUUGGUUAGAGUAACCGAUCGAUUGAGCCAAGAAAACCCUUCAUUAAGGUCCAAAUUUAUCAUUCGGCGACUUCCUACGUAUCUCGCUCCAUUCACCAACAAGAACGAGUAUGCUAUUAUGAUCGAAGAUAUGCAGUUUACAAUAACGCCCCCUGCAAAACCCAGUGGUUCCCAAGAUCGGCCUGGAACUGUCAAUUUUGGACAAAUUGAAAUAUUCUACAAACCACGAUCAGAGACUGAAAAAUCAACACAUGAAAUUCAUGCGAGUAAUCCAAACGAGGAGUUGCCCCCUACGACAAAACAUGAGAAAUUCAAUUUGUCAAAAGAGAUGUUGAAUGAAAAUCAGGCAUACUGCAGCCACGAAGUUUUCAAAAGGUUCACGUCAGCGUUUGUCGAUGCAUAUCAGUCAGAAUGUGACAUUGCAGCUUCUUCUGGUGAAAGUGAGACUUCAUAUUUGGGAGAUGUUCAAUUGGUUGGCCCACACUUACUGCUGGACCUCUUGGAAACUACAGAAGUUUCGAAAAUAUUUACAUUGAAUCAAUCCCCGUUGCCUUUACCGAAAAAUAUAAAAAACAAAUGCACCGUGAAUGUGAAUUACCUCAAGAGCAUGCUCACCAUUAAUUACGAAGACACAGAAGUAAUUGUUCGACCAUGUCUAUUUUACAACAAAUGUUUUCCUAAAGUCAAUGCUAAUAUUUUGGAAAGGCUUCCGCUUCAUCAUCAAACAUACCUCCAAAUUGGCGAGUCCUUGAGAAAGGGCGUACUGUUUUUCCCGACCAGCUUCGAAACCUUGUGGACGUUGCAGUUUUGGACUUCAGAGUCACAUAUUUUAUCACUCUACCACCCAUCCAGCAUAGUUUCACGAGUAUUUAAACUGUAUGCAGUCUUUUGCAUAAAUCCGCUUCAUUUUUGGGAAACGAUCAACUCCACCUUUCUCGUCGACAAUAUGGAUGACGGGUCAAUCCAAUCUCUGAUGGAAAAUUCUAAAGGCAACCUACUCAAUACUCAAUACUUGGUUAGCAGUUUUCUGUUCGAGCUCGAAGAUUUUUGUCAGGUUGAGGAUUGGGCCCCAAGAAAUUUUGCAACGAGAUUCAUGCACUUACUUAAAACGGCGGUGGAUUCGUUCGAAAAGGGAUUUCAUGCACAUUACUUUACAAAAAUCAACGUUCUCAGAGGAAUUUGGAAAAAUGCCGACACAUUCGAGAAGGAUGAAAAAUCCGUGUUGCGAGAACUGGAUGAUGUCACCGAGUCUCAAGAGAACUUGGAGGACUAUGGAGAGAAGGCUUUUAUGGCGAUGAACGAUUUAGAAGAUGACUUUGGAUUUCAGUUUGAUGAUUUGGCCACAAUUGAUGACGACGAAGACAUUGUCCAUCGGCCUACGUCUGAGACAAUUUAUAAAAAUUUGAACCCCAGAAAUUCUAGAGAAUCCUCAAUGCCCUGUGGGAGUACUAAUCAACAGCACAAUACAGAAAGACCAACGACAAUUUCGAGAAUGUUUGGAUCUAAUUUAGUCAAAAAAUUGCACAGCAAACUGUCCCGUAGACACAGCAAUGCCACAUCACCUCCUCCUCCGCGGAGUAAAAACAGACAAUCCAUCACAGACAUUGCUUCUGGGUUUGAAGAAUCUGUGGCUCAGAUGAGAAGGCCAGACAGCUUAAGACUGAGAUUCAAGUUUCAAACUGAAAGCGAUUUGACAGAAACGACAUUUUCUCAUGACCUGCAGAAACAAUCUUCUUCUUCAUCAUCGUCCCCGGUAGUCGUAGCCGUUCAUCCCCAGUGUUCCACAACAGCUCCGUAUUCCGCGUCUGUCUUCCACAAUGAAGGGUUUCAAAAUCAUGUGGAAACUAUUUAUUCGACUCUUUUGCUAAAUCUGACUCAACUUUCUCCCUUCGACUCCCGUUCCGAUCAAAUCACCAUAUCAGACUUGGACAAGGUCAAGAGAGCCCUGGAGUCCCAAGAAGAACUGGUGUCAAUUUGGGGCAAGGCGUGCAAUGAAUUUCCCAAACCAAAGUGUAUUUGUCCUCACAUUUUUAAUCCACGGCAAAUCCAAUAUCUUUCCUUAAUCAUUCAAACAGUUUCGAAAUGCUCUCCCAACAUGAUUCAAAUUGUCAAAACUUCUAAAAUACCGGCUUGGGAAAUCAGUGGUGAUAUCUUAAGGACAGUAUUGCACCAAAUGAGAAUGGAAGUUGUUGAAAGUGAGUCUUUGAAGGAAAAGCAGCGUCCAAAGGGGCCCAAUCUAAGGGACAAAAAUAAUAAGUCCGACAGCGGCGGUGAUGUUAUUAAACCGCGAAAGAAAAGGUCGGCCACCUUAUCUAGAUUCAGUUUAAAAAGACGACAAAAUUCUUCCCCAUGUCAUCAUGAUUUUAUGCGAGGACAAGAACACCAUUCAGAGACGGAUGCUCAGUUUUCUCUGGAGGAGCCGGAAAUUGCUGCUACUCACCGGUUGCUGGAAUGGCUCUGGAAUUUGAGAUGUUCUGAAAUUGGGAGACUGAGUUUAACAGCUUAUCAUUACAUUGAGCAACUCUACCACACUAGCCUCGUCAACUCUCACUUUUUGGAACAAUUCUCAGACGACAAAGUAUUUUCGACCAUGGCCUUGAAAUCCGCCAUGGCAGUGACAAGAAUAAUGGGAGAUCUCUCACUUCCUGUAAAUUUUCCACUUUAUGCUGCCAGCUUGAAAGGAUGGCUUUGGGCGGAAAUGAUUCUUUCUCUGGCUUCCUGGAACAAUGACAAGGGUUACGUGAUGAAAACGACAAUACCUUUGGAAACUUUGCAUCAUGCAGCAGUUGUUGAUGAUGACGACAAGACAGAAAUAUUGGAAAGGGUUCUGGUCACUGAAAAUGCUAAUUUGACCACCCUUAAAAAGAAAAAUAUUUGCAGUGAAGGGGAAUCAGAGCCAGAUUUGGAAGCGGCCACCUUAGCAUAUCACUCUGAAAUGGCCACACCCAUCGGGUGGAAUGACUUCGAAGAUCCCAGACGUCCUGGACCACUCGCUGUAGCAAUUUUAAUCUUCUCGUCCACAAUGUAUUACAAGAAAUGGGAGAUGUCCCCAGGAAAUAUUGUGCAGGUUUUGGUCAGACUUCAAAAAUUCAGUAGCAUGCAACAUGUUGGGCAAAUGCUGAGUCCUCCACACAGAAAAACUGCUUUGAACGAAGUUCGCAAGCUGAACAAGUCAUUGUCCAUCCGAAUUUACAAUUUUGAUGAUAACGUCAUGUCUAAAACAUUUCGCCGUUUAAAUAGCUUGAGAGCAACUAGAAGCAGAAUGAUGCGGCGAGAAAAUGCUGCUCGACGGUACUUGUCUUGUCGAGAUAUAGGAUGCGAAAACGAGACGGCAGGGAAUGCUAUCGUCACUUUGGUCAACGGAAAUGAAUUUGAAUGUACCAGGUUUUAAAUAAUUCACAAUGUAAAUCAUUUGUAAUAAUAAAAUAAAAUGAAACAGUAUAUGAAAGAAAUUAAAUUAGCAGUAAGUCGUUUUAGUAAAUUAGUCACGUCAAUCUCAAUUUUCAAACAGUUUGUAAAUGAAUAAAAAGUCGUACAAACAAAAUUAGAUCAAACUGUACGUUAUGAACAGCUUAGGCUUUCAUUUAUUUAUUUACUAUUUCUUGUCAUACUUUAAUUAUAAUAGUAGGAAUCGUUUAAUUCAAUAUAGAUUUUGUCAGAAUAUACUUAUGUACUACUGGUGGUUCAGUUCUGGCUGUGCAUGCAUGAAGUACUAUUUUGCAUACGGAAUUUUAGAAUUAGUAUUAAGUAACAAUCACUAGAGUAAGACUCGGUAAGAAA